AUGUCAUUUGGCUUCAGACCUGGAUUAUCUACUACAAAUGCACUUUUUAAGGUAGACAACUUUGUUAGGAAUAAUAUUGACAAAAAUAAUAAGAUAAUGGGUAUUUCUUUAGAUGUACAGAAAGCUUUUGAUUGUAUGUAUCAAAACUAUGAUAUGUUUAAAUUAGAAAAUGCAGAUAUUUGUGUUUUACCUAAUAAUUCAAUUAAAUCCUUCUUAAGUGGUAGAACUCAAAGAGUUAAACUAAAUGAUAAAUAUGGUGAUAUUCUAGAAGUAUCUUUUGAAUUAGUGGUAAUGGAUAACCAGUUACCAAAAUUAUCUCUAAAAAUGUGGUCACCGGUUAUCGGUUUGGAAGCUGUUUUAAUUCUUCAAAAUUACAGGAGCUUAAUUAAAAAUAAGGAGAAGAAACCCAAAGAAGUUGAUAAUAUAUCUAAAGACAAUAACACAUCAAAAGACAAUAAAACGUCUAAAAGUGAUAAAAGGUCAAAAGAUGAUAAAAAGUCUAAAGAUGUUAAAACGUCUAAAGAUGAUAAAAAGUCUAAAUAUGUUAAAACAUCUAAAGAAAACACAUCUAUAGACAAUGAGCCUGCUAAAAAAAAACAGAAAUUGAAUUCAAAUGGAAUAGAUGUUUUGAAAUUAGUAUUAUCUAGGGAGGGUGAAACUCAUAAAUUUAAAUCACAAUUCAAGUCUUCGUUAAAACCCAAUAAGAAAAUUGCGUCUACCGGUACAGCAGAGAAGGUACCCAUAGUAAUUAUUGAUUGCGAAGAAUCUACCACAUCUGCUAAUUCUUCAGCUACAAAAUAUGUAAAACAAAAGCUCUGGGUCAAGGAUCUUAAGAAAAUGAUGGACACAGAUAAUUACAUAAAGUGGCUGAAAACAAUCAAUUAUAAAAAUAAACCCAAUCAUCCAACGAAUAGCAUGAAAAAGUUAGCAGUUGCUAAACUUCCUAUUAGUGGGCCUAUAAGUGGACCUAUAAGAAAACCUAUAAACGAACAUAUAAGGAAACCUAUCAGCAGACCUACAAGAAAACCUAUAAGCGGACCUAAAAGUGAACCUAUUAGCGAACCCUUCAGUGAACCUAUAAUCGAACCUGUAAGUAAACCUAUCAGCAGACCCACAAGAAAACCCAUAAGCGGACCUAAAAGUGAACCUAUUAGCGAACCCUUCAGUGAACCUAUAUUCGAACCUGUAAGAAAACCUAUCAGCAGACCCACAAGAAAACCUAUAAGCGGACCUGAAAGUGAACCUAUGAGCGAACCCUUCAGUGAACCUAUAUUCGAACCUGUAAGAAAACCCAUCAGCAGACCCACAAGAAAACCUAAAUACGGACUCAAAAGUGAACCUAUGAGCGAACCCAACAGUGAACCUAUAUGCGAACCUAUAAGAAAACCCAUCAGCAGACCUAUAAUAAAAAAUAUAAGCGGACCUGAAAGUGAACCUAUGAGCGAACCCUCCAGUGAACCUAUAUUCGAACCUGUAAGAAAACCUAUCAGCAGACCCACAGGAAAACCUAUAUACGGACUCAAAAGUGAACCUAUGAGCGAACCCAUCAGUGAACCUAUAUACGAACCUAUAAGAAAACCCAUCAGCAGACCUAUAAUAAAAACUAUGAGUGGACCCAAAAGUGAACCUAUUAGCGAACCCAUCAGUGAACCUAUAUGCGAACCUAUAAGAAAACCCAUCAGCAGACCUAUAAUAAAAACUAUAAGUGGACCCAAAAGUGAACCUAUUAGCGAACCCAUCAAUGAACCUGUACGCGAACCUACAAGAAAACCUAUCAGCAGACCUAUAAUAAAACCUACAAGUGGACCUAAAAGUGAACCUAUAAGUGAACUUAAAGUAGCUGAUCUUAAACACGCUGUAUAUGGCAAAAAAUAUAAACAAGCGCAUUUAGUUAAAAUUGAAGAAUUAUACAAAAAGUAUUUCAGAAAAUCUGUUCAUGAUACUAUCAUAAUUAUUGCAAAUAUACUCAAUAUAAUUCCAAUGUCUAACAGUCAUCACAAGAAACGAAUGGAUGAAUCUUUUAAGAAAAGAACCGAAGCUGAAAAACUUAAAGAAAGAUGCGAUGCCAACCGAAUUCAUGGAAGGCAUAAAAAAGUUCUAGAAACAAUGUUGAAAGCCAAUUUUGUUAACGUUGUAUCAUUAUUUGAAACAUCGGAAUUUGAUACUGCAUUUCACAUGUUUUUUCUAUGUAUAUUAACUGUACUUCGAAUUUUGGAUCGUCCUAGAUUCAAAAGAGGUAGUAUAUUUAAAAAUGUGGUACUUUUAUUAUGGAAUAGUUUGCAGAACAGUGGUUAUAAACAUCAAAAAAUGUAUGAAUUGUUCCGGUCAAAGACGUUUCGACCUGACUGCAUUGAUUUAAUAAGUCUAAUUGAAAAUAGUCGGGAUUCUGACUCACGAGUCAUUGAUCGCAUGCCUUUGUUUUUUCUAAAAACAGUUAACAGUCAGGAAUAUUUUCAAGCUGUUAUUGAUGCUGUCACCGGUGAUUCGAAAGAAGACCUGGCGUUAUUAAUCGAUAAUGCAACUUUUCAAUGUUCCAUUAAUUCAGAGUUUAAAGAUCCUGUAGAUUCACCAAUUGCACAAUAUUCCAAUGACGUAUUACCAGCAACACAAACUAUCCCUAGCAAUAUAAAUUCUGAUGAAAUAAUUCAACACUGGUUCCUAGCCAAAAAUACAGAUGGAACUCUCCAACAAAUGCCUUUGAUAAAUGGUAAUAAGAUCCAAACCAAUGGUAAUACUGUAGUAAAACCGUCAAUUUUAACGGGUCAGACGUUAAAUACCUUCUAUCAAUCAUUUUCUUCUUCACUACAAAAUAAAACUGUUGAACCUUCUACUUCUAAAGUGAUACCAACAACCAAAUGUUUUGUUGUCGUGCCAACUAUUUCCCACAGUCCUUUGGUGAAAGGAACACCAUCUUUGUCAAUGCCAUCUUUGUCAAUGCCAUCUUUGUCAAUGCCAUCUUUGUCAAUGCCAUCUUUGUCAAUACCAGCAACACCAAUACCACGAACACCAAUACCAGCAACACCAAUACCACGAACACCAAUACCAGCAACACCAAUACCAGCAACACCAAUACCACGAACACCAAUACCAGCAACACCAAUACCACGAACACCAAUAUCAGCAACAACAACAACAUUUGUGACGCUCAAACCAGCAGUUCCGAAUAAUAUAUCUAUUGCAAACAGUUCCAUUCGUAGAGCUGAAGGUAACACUAUUGUAAUUGGUAACAAACAGUAUCAAUUCGUUAAGGGACCAAUAUUUGAAACAAGAGCAGUUGUCAAUAAAACUGAAACAUGUGUUAUACAACCGUCAACCAUUAAGACCAAAUGCUACGCGAGAAAUUGUACCAAGGGUGCAACAAUAAUGUGCAGUAGCUGUAAAUCGGUGAAAUACUGUUCCCUUAUCUGCCAACGAUAUGACUGGUAUGAUGGUCACAUAAAGGACUGUCAACAUCUGAUGAACAAUAAGUAGAGACCCUAAACGUUCCAUUACAUAUAUAAAUAAUUUUAAUGUAAUAUAUUUACAUGAAAGG